UGUCCGCUGCUCCGGCCGCGGGGAAGGAAGAAAGGAUCCGAGGGUGGAGGACAUGGAUCCGCAGCCGCCCCCGCCGGCCCAGGGGACCCCACCCCACCGGGGCCAGGGCCAGGGCCGGGGCCGGGGGCGCGGUCGAGGCCGAGGCCGGGGCCGGGGCCGAGGGGGCGCGGGCACACCCCGCGCGCCCCUGCCCUGCCCGACGUGCGGCCGCCUGUUCCGCUUCCCCUACUACCUCUCCCGCCACCGGCUGAGCCACUCGGGGCUCCGGCCCCACGCGUGCCCGCUCUGCCCCAAGGCCUUCCGCCGCCCGGCCCACCUGUCGCGCCACCUGCGGGGCCACGGGCCGCAGCCGCCCCUGCGCUGCGCCGCCUGCCCACGCACCUUCCCGGAGCCCGCGCAGCUGCGGCGCCACCUGGCCCAGGAGCACGCGGGGGGCGAGGUGGAGCUGACCGCGGCGCGCGCGGCCAAGGAGGCGCCCGAAGACGCCGGCUGGGGCCGCCCGGAGGGGGUGUCCGAGGCGCCCGGGGCCAGCCCCGGAGGGCCUCGGCCUGAGCAGGAGGACGACCCGGAGGACCCGGAGCCCGAGGAGGAGCCGGAGCCGGCCUGGCCCGACGCGUGGGAGCCCGAGGCGCAGGAGGCCGCGGGGACGGCCCCCCGGGAGGCCGGGCCCGGGGCGGCCGAGGCCGAGCUGGCCCUGGCGGCCGGGCGCCAGGAGGAGAAGCAGGUGCUGCUGCAGGCCGACUGGACGCUGCUGUGCCUCCGCUGCCGCGAGGCCUUCGCCACCAAGGGCGAGCUCAAGGCGCACCCGUGCCUGCGCCCCGAGGGCGACCAGGAGGGCCAGGGCGGCCCCCCGCCGCGCCCCAAGCGCCACCAGUGCUCCAUCUGCCUCAAGGCCUUCGCCCGGCCCUGGUCGCUGUCCCGCCACCGCCUGGUCCACUCCACCGACCGGCCCUUCGUGUGCCCGGACUGCGGCCUGGCCUUCCGCCUGGCCUCCUACCUCCGCCAGCACCGGCGCGUCCACGGGGCGCUCAGCCUGCUCGCCCCGCUGCCCGGCGCGGGCCGCAAGGACGACAGGGCGGCCCGGACCUCGGGGAAGGCUGCCGAGGGCGCCGAGGGCGCGGCGGGGGGUCCCGAGGCCGCCUCCGCCGCGCCCCAGCCCGCGCGCCCGGCCCCGGCUGGAGAGCCCCGCUUCUGGUGCCCCGAGUGCGGCAAGGGCUUCCGGCGCCGCGCGCACCUGCGGCAGCACGGGGUCACCCACUCCGGGGCGCGGCCCUUCCAGUGCGUGCGCUGCCAGCGCGAGUUCAAGCGCCUGGCAGACCUGGCGCGCCACGCGCAGGUGCACGCGGGCGGCCCCGCGCCCCACCCGUGCCCGCGCUGCCCGCGCCGCUUCUCGCGCGCCUACAGCCUCCUGCGCCACCAGCGCUGCCACCGCGCCGAGCUGGAGCGCGCGGCCGCCCUGCAGGCGCUGCCGGCCCAGGGCCCGCCCGCCUCGUCCUCGCCCGCGCCCACGCCAGGCUCGCAGCCGCCGCCCGUGGGCCCCGAGGAGGAGGACGACGACGACGAGCCCGCGGGCCUGGCGCGCGUCAAGGAGGAGCCGCCCUCGCCCGGCACCUCGCCCUCCGUGCCCCCCGUGUUCCUCAGCGCGUCCUGCUUCGACAGCCAGGACCACUCGGCCUUCGAGAUGGACGAGGACGAGCUGGACAGCAAGGCGCACCUGCGCGGUUUGGGGGGGCUGGCCUGAGCCCGCGCCUUGGGAGCACUCUGGGUCGCUGCUCCUUCCAGGAGGAGGAGGGAAGGAGGAGGAAGGCCAGGCCUCUCCUCUAGGCCCCCACCCUGGCC